CUCUCUCCUUCCUACUCAAUCUCUCGCUGCCCUACCUACUUUCCUUCCUCUCAUUACAUUGCCUGUCCUGUCUGAGGGAUGCUGUGUUGGGAGAAGGGAAUGUGAUGGGUAGUGGUUCAGGUAGGGCCACGAGCCACAUGAAGACGUCAGCAGGCGAGAGGAGAGAGAGAGCUGGUUCUGUUUCUCUAGAGACGGAUCCGUCCUGGCCGUCUGUCUGCUGCCAGACUCCAUCUUCCUCCUGGAUACUACAACACUGGAUCACACCACUCAGGGAGGAGCAGCUUGGUCUGUUUUAUUUUCCCUGCUACCUAGAUAGCUAGCUAACGUUACUACCUCUGCUGCUGUCCUGAGAGAGAGCAUCAUCAUCACACCAUCACCACCCAGCCCUCCUCCCUGAUACUACAGAGAGGAGCUGUUUCCAGACCUGGUAGGAUACUAUACUACAGAGAGGAGCUGUUUCCAGACCUGGUAGGAUACUAUACUACAGAGAGGAGCUGUUUCCAGACCUGGUAGGAUACUAUACUACAGAGAGGAGCUGCUUCCAGACCUGGUAGGAUACUAUACUACAGAGAGGAGCUGCUUCCAGACCUGGUAGGAUACAAUACUACAGAGAGGAGCUGUUUCCAGACCUGGUAGGACUUCCUCCUGCUAUCCUGCUCUAUAAGGAUAUCAGCCAGCUCCAUCGCAGCUCCCCAGCACCAUGGCUCAGGCUGCAUCUCAGAUCAAGAAGAGAGCGAUUGUGGACACCUCUGUUGAGGACGAGAAGCUUAAGAAGAGGAAGAUCAGACAAGCCCAACGGCAACUGAAGAAAAAGAUUGACAGUAAUGCCAGUUACUUGAGAGCAGCCCGGGCAGGGAACCUAGAGAAGGCUUUGGAUUACCUGAAGACUGGGGUCGAAAUCAACAUCUGUAACCAGAAUGGCCUCAACGCCCUCCAUCUGGCCUCUAAAGAGGGCCAUGCCGAGGUGGUCACACAACUCAUCAAGCUGGGAGCCAAUGUGGACGCCUCAACUAAGAAAGGGAACACAGCUCUCCACAUAGCGUCUCUGGCUGGUCAGGUGGAUGUAGUGAAGGAGCUGGUGACCAGCGGAGCUAACAUCAACGCACAAUCUCAGAAUGGCUUCACUCCUCUGUACAUGGCUGCUCAGGAGAAUCAUCAGAAGGUGGUCAGAUACCUGCUGGACCAUGGCUCCACACAGGGCAUCGCUACAGAGGAUGGUUUCACGCCCCUGGCGGUGGCGUUGCAGCAGGGACAUGAACAGGUGGUCUCUCUGCUCCUAGAGAAUGACACUAAAGGAAAGGUUCGGCUCCCGGCGCUCCACAUCGCCGCACGGAAGGACGACACCAAGGCUGCUGCCCUGCUGCUCCAGAUCGACCACAACGCAGAUGUCGAGUCCAAGAUGAUGGUGAAUAGGACCACAGAGAGUGGCUUUACUCCGCUGCACAUUGCUGCUCACUACGGCAACAUCAACGUGGCAACGCUCCUCCUCAACCGCGGCGCUGCCGUGGACUUCAAGGCCAGGAAUGACAUCACACCGCUGCAUGUGGCUUCUAAGAGAGGGAAUGGCAACAUGGUGAAAGUUCUGCUGGAGAGGGGAGGCACGAUAGACGCCAGGACUAAGGACGGUCUGACCCCUCUCCACUGUGGCGCCAGGAGCGGACAUGAACAGGUGCUGGAGAUGCUGCUAGACAGAGGAGCUCCCAUCCUGUCCAAAACUAAGAACGGUCUGUCUCCCCUCCACAUGGCCACCCAGGGGGACCAUCUGAACUGUGUUCAGCUCCUGCUACACCACGAGGUUCCUGUUGAUGAUGUCACCAACGACUAUCUGACGGCCCUGCAUGUCGCCGCCCACUGCGGACACUACAAGGUCGCCAAGGUCAUUGUGGACAAGAAGGCCAAUCCCAACGCUAAAGCACUGAAUGGUUUCACUCCGCUCCACAUCGCCUGCAAGAAGAACAGAAUCAAAGUGAUGGAACUGCUGCUGAAACACGGAGCGUCCAUACAGGCAGUGACCGAGUCGGGUCUCACUCCGAUCCAUGUGGCGGCUUUCAUGGGACACGAUAACAUCGUCACUCAGCUGACGAAUCAUGGAGCUUCGCCAAACACAACUAAUGUGAGGGGAGAGACGGCGCUCCACAUGGCAGCGAGGGCCGGCCAGGCUGGCGUAGUCAAAUACCUGGUUCAGAGCGGAGCCAGAGUGGAGGUCAAGGCCAAGGACAACCAGACCCCGCUCCACAUCUCCAGUCGUCUGGGGAAGCCUGACAUCGUGCUGUAUCUGCUGCAGAAUGGGGCGUGUCCUGACGCCACUACCACCUCUGGCUACACCCCCCUACACCUGGCUGCCAAAGAGGGACACAGAGACGUCUCCUCAGUCCUCCUUGACCAGGGGGCUUCUCCAGACAUCACUACCAAGAAAGGCUUCACUCCCCUCCAUGUUGCAGCUAAGUAUGGGAAGAUGGAAGUGGCCAACCUUCUGCUGCAGAGACACACUGUGCCCGAUGCAGCUGGGAAGAGUGGUCUAACUCCCCUACAUGUAGCUGCUCACUAUGACAACCAGAAAGUGGCUCUGCUGCUGCUGGACCAGGGAGCUUCACCGCACGCUGGUGCCAAGAAUGGCUAUACUCCACUCCACAUCGCGGCUAAGAAGAACCAGAUGGAGAUUGCCACGACGCUGCUGGAGUACGGAGCCGACACCAACGCUAUGACACGUCAGGGCAUCACACCGCUGCACCUGGCCUCUCAGGAGGGCAACGUAGACAUCGUUACCCUGCUACUGGCCAGGGAAGCCACCAUCAGCUUGGGCAACAAGAGUGGUCUGACUCCUCUCCACCUGGCAGCUCAGGACGACAAGGUCAACGUAGCUGAGGUGCUGGUUAACCAGGGGGCCACUGUUGACCCAGAGACUAAGAUGGGAUACACUCCGCUGCAUGUGGCGUGUCACUAUGGAAACGUGAAGAUGGUCAACUUCCUGCUAAAGAACCAGGCCAAGAUCAACGCCAAAACCAAGAACGGAUACACCCCCCUCCAUCAGGCGGCCCAGCAAGGCCACACCCACAUCAUCAACCUACUGCUGCAGCACAGAGCCUCUCCCAACCAAGUCACUGUGAAUGGUAACACAGCCCUGUCCAUAGCCAGGAGGCUGGGGUACAUCUCUGUAGUGGAUACUCUGAAGGUCGUCACUGAGGAAACACAGACCACUCUGACGGUGACCGAGAAACAUAAGAUGAACGUUCCAGAAACCAUGAACGAGGUUCUGGACAUGUCAGAUGAUGAGGUUGGUAAAGCCAAUGUACCUGAAAUGCUCAAUGAAGACUAUUUAUCUGAUGUUGAAGAAGAGAUGGAAUUUCAGUGUGUCUAUGAGAGCUACUGUCGUGAGGAUGCGAUGACAGGCGACACGGAUAAGUACCUGGGACCCCAGGACCUGAGAGAGCUGGGAGACGACUCUCUGCCCCAGGAGGGUUACAUGGGCUUUAGCAUUGGAGCACGCAGCGCCAGCCCUAAGGUCUGCAGUCUGCGGUCCUUCAGUUCGGAUAGGUCCAACACCCUGAACAGGACCUCUUACACCAGAGACAGCAUGAUGAUCGAAGAGAUACUGGCUCCUACCAAGGAUAUGAACCUGGCGUUGGCCAGCAGAGACUGUGACUCUGACUCUCAGAGACACUACAGCUGGACUGCUGACACCUUGGACAACAUCAACAUGGUCUCCAGCCCCAUACACUCUGGCUUUUCCUCUCCUCUACCUCAGUAUGACUCCAGGUUCCUGGUCAGUUUCAUGGUGGACGCACGCGGCGGCUCCAUGCGGGGGAGUCGUCAUAACGGAAUGCGCAUCAUCAUCCCGCCCAGGAAGUGCACGGCUCCGACACGCAUCACCUGCCGCCUGGCGAAGAGGCACAAGCUGGCCACGCCCCCACCGAUGGUGGAUGGAGAGGGAUUGGCCAGCAGGCUGGUGGAGGUGGGGCCUGCUGGAGCUCAAUUCCUGGGCCCUGUGAUCGUGGAGAUCCCCCAUUUUGGUUCUAUGAGGGGGAAGGAGAGGGAGCUGAUCAUGCUGAGGAGUGAGAAUGGAGAGACCUGGAAGGAACAUCAGUACGACUGCAAGACAGAUGACCUCAAUGAACUGCUCAACGGCAUGGAUGAAGAGCUGGACAGUGUCAAGGACCUGGAGAAGAAGCGUAUAUGUCGCAUCAUCACCAAGGAUUUCCCACAGUACUUUGCGGUGGUGUCUCGUAUCAGACAGGAGAGCAGCCAGAUGGGCCCUGAGGGAGGAGUCCUCUCCAGCCUGACACUUCCAUUGGUCCAGGCCUCCUUCCCAGAGGGGGCGCUCACCAAGAAGAUACGCGUGGGACUGCAGGCCCAGCCGGCUCCUGAUGACAUGGUGAAGAAGAUCCUUGGUAACCGGGCAACAUUCAGCCCCAUAGUGACGGUGGAACCUCGACGCAGGAAGUUCCACAAACCCAUCACCAUGACGAUCCCGGUCCCGCCCUUGUCAGGGGAGGGGGUUAGCAAUGGCUACAAGGGAGAUUCCACCCCCUGCCUGAGGUUGCUAUGCAGCAUCACCGGCGGAACCUCUCCUGCCCAAUGGGAGGACAUCACUGGGACCACGCCCCUAACCUUCGUCAAUGACUGUGUCUCCUUCACUACCAAUGUCUCUGCCAGGUUCUGGCUUGCUGACUGCCACCAGAUCCCAGAGACUGUAGGCCUUGCCACCCAGCUGUACAGAGAGCUCAUCUGUGUUCCUUACAUGGCCAAGUUCGUGGUGUUCGCCAAGAUGAACGACCCUAUGGAGUCCCGCCUGCGCUGCUUCUGUAUGACAGAUGACAAGGUGGACAAAACCCUGGAACAGCAGGAGAACUUUGAGGAGGUGGCCAGGAGCAAAGACAUCGAGGUUCUGGAGGGGAGGCCCAUCUAUGUGGACUGCUAUGGUAACUUAGCUCCUCUGACCAAGGCUGGACAGCUACUGGUGCUCAACUUCUACGCAUUCAAAGAGAACCGGCUUCCUUUCUGUGUGAAGGUCAGAGACAACAGCCAGGAGCCGUGUGGCCGUCUGACAUUCCUGAAGGAGACCACUAAGACCGCUAAGGGUCUCCCCCAGACGGCCGUGUGUAACCUGAACAUCACCCUACCUGCGCUGAAGAAGGAAAUGGAGUCAGACCCAGAUGAAGAGACUGAAAAGCCAGAACGACGUCAUACCUUUACAUCUCUAGCCUUACGUAAGCGUUACAGCUAUCUCGCCGAGCCUGCCACGAAAACAGUUGAGCGAAGCACAGCAAGAACACUGCCUGCUGGUUACACUCACAAACCUGUCUUUUCAACAAGAUCUUACCAGGCAUGGUCGACUGCGCCUCUUCCCCACACUGUCCAAGCAAGGAGUGGACUGGGCUCCCUCUCCGGCUCACCGUCCAACACACCAUCUGCAUCGCCACUAAAGUCUGCCUGGUUGCUCUCCUCCGCCUCUCCAAUCAAAUCCACCAUCGGAGCCUCACCGCCACAUUCAGUCAAGUCCUCUGGCGACAUAGCUUCUUUACCUGUCAGAUCCUAUAGAACUAUGGCCUCCCCUAUUAAGACUGUUGUACAGCAGGCCCAGUACCCGGUCCAGGUCUCUGCCAGUCUGGUGUCCUCUUCCUCUAAACCUGGAGCAGAUCCUGUCUUCAUUAAAGGACUAUCCACCCCAUUUUCUUCCAGGACCACCCCAGCCUCUAACACAGGGUCUGUUCCAGAUAGAUCAACCAUGACUCAACCUGAAUCUCCCAAAUGCACAGCCAACAUGUACACCUUACCCUUCAAAUCAGUCCUGUCGUCUUCAUCCUCCUCCCCUGUCAGAACCAUCGCUGGUCUGUCCUCCUCAUCCUCCUCCCCUGUCAGAACCAUUCCUGGCCUGUCCUCCUCAUCCUCCUCCCCUGUCAGAACCAUUCCUGGCCUGUCCACUACUUCAGCUACAUCUAAGGGGAAGCCCCUCCCCUCGCUGUCCUCACCAGCCCACUCCUCAGAAACCUCUGCUAUGGUGAAUGGAUUAGUUUCUCCCAUGAAGUACGCCUCUUCUUCUCAGUCCUCCUCCCCCUGCUCCUGUUUGCUCUCUGAUAGGUCUAGCAGUCUGCAGGAGAGGAUACAGACCAACACUCACGCCGCCACUUCCAGUGUCAGUGCAGCUAUAAAUGAGGCUGAAAGGACAUUUAACUCUUCAGGGUACGGAACACUCAAAUCAGUGUCCUCACGGAGAUCUAACACCUCAACUUCUGUCUACGGCUCUAUGAGGUCUCAAACCUCUUCCACCACCUCAGCAACAUCCAAUACAAUGACUGUACCUGUAUACUCUUUUCUCAAUGUUGCGACCGAGUCCCAAAUGAAAAAAGGGCCUGGGUCGCUGAAGAUGUCGCCUGCAGACUCUCGCAGGUCAAAGACGGCAGUGAAGUCCCCUCCUUACAUCACCCCCCCAGGGCUCACUCUAACCCCACCCUCCUCCCUAUCCUCCAAUCAGGACAUCCUGAAAGACGUGGCCGAUAUGAAGGAGGACCUGAUCAGAAUGACGGCCAUCUUGCAGACUGUCCCCAGAACAGCCAGGAAUGUUCAGUCUCAGACCCCUAAAGAGCCUAAGAUGGAGGAUGAGGAACCCUUCACCAUAGUAGAGAAAGUGAAGGAGGAUCUAGUUAAAGUCAGUGAGAUACUGACCAAGGAUGUGGUGAGUGAUAGUCAAGCCUGUAGAGGGAAGCCUGUAGAGGAGGAGUGGGAGGAGUUCUCUAAAGAUGAGUUAGAGGAAGCCCAGCAAAGUGCUAAGGAAUUCUUUCACCCUCCGUUUGACGCUAACACCCUCUCCUUUAGGCCCCAGUCUAUUCCCAGUAAAGAGUUGAAUUUAUCCAAGGUUGUUGACUACCUGGCCAAUGACAUAGGUGCUAGUUCUCUUUCUAAGAUGGCCGAGAUGAAGAGCAGAUAUGAGGAGGCAAAAAGAGAAGGGGAGGACAAACAGAAACUAAAAAAACUCAAGAUGCCUCCCCCAGGCAUGCGUACCUCUGCCUCUGAGAAAGACUUAUGUAAACUAGCAGAGUCAUAUUAUGGACCUGACACCAUAUUGGAGUCACCAGAGGACUUAUCUCAUGAGCAGGAUAAGAGUCCUCUGUCAGACAGCGGCUUUGAAACCAGGAGUGAAAAGACUCCUUCAGCCCCCCAAAGUGCAGAGAGCACCGGGCCCAAACCCCCCUUCACUGACCCCAUCCCCCCCUGCAUCACCGAGACUAGGACCGAGGUGGUCCAUAUCAGGAGCUACGAGCACCCAGACGAACCCUGUGAGGUGCAGAUGGAGGAGGCAGCCUCAGCAUCGCCGGCCUGCAUUGAACCAGAGGCCUCCGCCGCCUCCAUCAAAGACAAAGUCAAAUCAUUCCAGAUCAAAGUGUGUGACGACUCUGACUCUGUCGUUAGCAAGAGCAUGAGGCUCAAAGAGGAGACCCACAUCACCACCACGACGCGCAUGGUUUACCACAAGCCGCAGCUGAAAGACGGCUCGGAGAGGAUCGAGGAGACCAUGUCAGUCAGAGACAUAAUGAAAGCAUUCCAGUCCGGAAGGGACCCCUCCAAGGAACUUUCUGGACUGUUUGAGCACAAGGCUGGCCAGGACUCUGUCAAAGGGGAUGAACUCACCCCCAGAUUCAUUGAUAAUGACACUAAAGCCAAAAGAAUAAUGGAGGUUCACAUAGAAAAAGAAGGAAACACAUUCCAACCAACUGAGGUGAUUAUCAGGGAGACCAAGAAGAUUCCAGACUCUUAUUUCUAUAAAGGAGACCACAGAAUCCAAGAAAUGCCUGAUUACGACGAGGCGCCGCAGGAAGGGGAGGAGCUUACUGCCAAUGACAGCCGGCCCAGCUCCGCUCAGCUCAUGGCCGAUGACUCCUACAAAGCUCUCAAACUGCUCAGCCAGCACUCUGUAGAGUAUCACGAUGACGAGCUCUCUGAACUCAGAGGAGAGUCUUACAGGUUCGCUGAGAAGAUGCUACGUUCUGAGAAACUAGACAUAUCCCACUCUGAUACAGAAGAUUCUCUGGCUGACCAAACACACCAAAUUACCUUAGAGUCGCAUGGGGAAGAGAGUGAUUACGGUGAGAAAGAGGCCGUGCCCAGGAAAGAGUUCACUUUCAAGUCAUCAAAGGAUACAUCCUCUAAGUCAGGUAAAUGUUCUCAUAAGGAUGACAAGUUUGACAAAGUGACAGUGUUGCAUUACACCACAGAGCCAGGCAGCCCAAAACAUGCAGUGUGGAUGCGUUUCACUGAGGACAAGCUGGACAGGAACAGAGAGAAGCUCAUCUACGAGGACCGCGUGGAUCAAACUGUCAAGGAAGCUGAGGAGAAACUAAGCGAGGUCUCUCAGUUUUUCCGUGACAAAACUGAGAAACUGAACGACGAGCUGCAAUCCCCGGAGAAAAAGCCUCCAAAGAGAGACCCCAGGGAGACCAGGUCUGGGCCCAGCUCCACCUGUAAUAGCCCAGAGAAAACCCAGCAGAAAGCCAGGGCAGAGGGAGAGGAGUGGGGCAAGGGAAGGGGGAACAAACUGUUCAGUAGUACGACUGAGAGGAGGACCUCUAGUCUACCCAACAGUCCAGAGAGAGCUGUUCUCUCCCGCUUCAGUGAGGAUACAUCCAAACAGCAGACAAAGGCAGAGGAACGGUCUGAGCCAAACCAGGUUAAAGCAUCCUUCUCUAGAGUGAGCUAUGUUAGGAUGAAGUUUGAAUCAGAGGCUCAGAACCAAGAUAAGAGUAGUCCUGAGCUAGUACAGUCCACACCCCCAGUCAGCAGGCUGCAGGAGAACAAGCUGCCAAUGAAUCAACUGUUCACUGGAGGAAAGACAACUAAAGGGUCUGAGGCCACAGAGGGAGGAAGUCCAUUUAAAAAGACUCCAGAGAAACUGAAAGGACCUGCCUCCAAUAGCAGUAAGUCAGUUGUCUCACCAGCUGCCCCAAAACAGUCAGGAGACAAACUGCCUAAUAAGAACCUACCAUACACCACAGCCCAAAAACACCUAACAGGUCAGACUGACAAAGAAUCAGAGAAAACAAGCCCAUUGAGCCAGGAGAGUCAGGUCAUUGGUAUCAGUAAGGGUGUAAAGGGGCCACCAUCACAUAGUCCUACACAUGACACACCCAAGGAGAACAGUGGGGAAGUGGAAAAAGAACACGUUUCUAUGAGGGAUUCUCCUUCCAAACAUGUUGCAUCAAGUCCCACAACCAAUAGGGUUGCUCAUUCUGAACCUGUGUCUAAAGACCAUGGGGUUGCUCAUUCUGAACCUGUGUCUAAAGACCAUGGGGUUGCUCAUUCUGAACCUGUGUCUAAAGACCAUGGGGUUGCACAAAACAAGAAUCUUAGAAAAAAGACAGAGUCCCAGAUCCCAGUCAGGUCUGUGUCUAGUCACACAGACAGCGAUCAGUCAGAGAAAGCAAAACAAGACACAAUAACUAAGCCAUUUGAAAAGACAUCCCAAAUCCCCAUACUAAAUAAGAACAGAAUGCAGGUCAGCCCAGUAACAAGCCCUACAAAGGCAGAAGAACUAACAGACACAUCUCUUGAAAUAUUAGAUAAUGCACCAAAAGAUUCUAACUUGAACAAUGUGCGUGACACUUGCACAAGAGAAAUACAAGAGAGAUUAGCACCAGAGACAACCACCACCAGAGAAAACUUCAAAGGCAUCAAAACAUUACCUGUCUAUGUUAGUGUCCAGGUGGGUAGGCAGGGAGAGAGAGAGGGCAGAGGAGGAGUACUGUACAAACAGAAACAGCCCUCGUCGCCUCAGGCCAGUCCUGACGAUGACACGCUAGAGCAGGUAUCUUUCAUAGACAGCUCAGGGAAGAGUCCCCUCACCCCAGAGACCCCUAGCUCAGAGGAGAUCAGCUAUGACCUCACCUCCAGAACACCAGACUCCAUUCUGGGCUUCACUCCCUUCCAGCCUAGCCCUAUCCCAGAGGUCUCUGAGGACUCCUCAGAGGAGGAGCAGGGCCAGGUAUUUUCCUUCAAGGACUUCAGACCAGAGACACCUAAUGUCACAGCAGCUGACCUUAAGAAUGGAAACCACCAGGCUGGACAGACACCUAAAGACAAAGGAGUAGCAUACAUCCAGUUCCCCCCUCCGCCUCCCCUGGACUCUGAGCAGUCCAGCCCUGAGAAGAAGAAGAAGGGAUCAUCUGGUUCCUCUGAGGCAGAGAUGGAGAUGAUGGAGGUCAACCUCCAGGAAGAGCAUGAUAAACACCUCCUCACGGAGCCCAUCAUCAGAGUCCAGCCCCCCUCCCCAGUCCCCCCCGGGACUGACGACAGUGACUCUAGUGAUGAUGAGUCUGUCUUCCAGCCCAUCUCCUUUAAGAAAUACACCUUUAAGAUCUCAGAGGGGCAGGAGCAGGAGCUCAAGAAUGGGUCCAAAUCCACAAAACAGGAUAGAAAUGGCAAAGAGCCAGGAACUAACAGAACUAAUGGAACGUAUGAAGCUGGUAAAACAGAGGAGUACGACUCUGAACAGAAUGGAAAUGACCAGUCCAUAACAGACUGUUCUAUCGCCACGACGGCAGAGUUCUCUCAUGACACUGACGCUACUGAGAUCGACUCCCUGGAUGGAUAUGACAUGCAGGAUGAGGAUGAUGGUCUGUGUGAGAUGGACACUAAACCCUUCAGCCUGCCAGACAGCAGGAAGGACGUGUGGACCUCAGACAGCAUGCUCCGGUCCUGCGACCGCUCCUUUAGUCAGACCAAACUAGAGGCCAUUGAAGAGGAAAAAACACCGGAGGAGGAAUGCAGAAAGGCUCAAGCUAAAAGUGAUCCAGUUGACAUAAAAACAGAUGAGGCCAGCUCUCAGGGCCAGAAGGACAACGAUGGGUUUUCUGAUACGUACUUUAGUUACAAGCUAGAGGAGGCGUUUGACUCUCCGUUUAAAACUGUUGCUACUAAAGGUCUGGACUUUGACCCCUGGUCCAGUAUAGGAGGAGACAAUGAAGUGGUUGACGCCAGGAUAAAAGACGACGAGCCGAAGCCGUUUGGACUGGCAGCAGACGACAGAUCACAGGCCACGACCCCAGACACGACCCCUGCCAGAACCCCGACUGAUGAUAGCACCACGCCGACUAGCGAGCCAAACCCUUUCCCCUUCCAUGAAGGGAAGAUGUUUGAGAUGACUCGCAGUGGUGCGAUUGACAUGAGCAAGCGGGAUAUUGUUGAAGAAAGACUGCAGUUUUUUCAGAUUGGCCCUCAGAGCCCUUGUGAGAGGACUGACCUGCGGAUGGCCAUAGUGGCAGAUCACCUGGGUCUGAGCUGGACUGAGCUUGCCAGGGAAAUGGAUUUCUCCGUAGAUGAGAUCAAUCACAUCCGCGUGGAUAACCCCAACUCUCUGACCACUCAGAGUUUCAUGCUUUUAAAGAAAUGGGUUAGCAGAGAUGGUAAAAAUGCCACAACGGAUUCCCUUACAGAGGUCCUGACUAAGAUCAAUCGGAUGGAUAUUGUGACAUUGCUGGAAGGGCCAAUAUUUGACUAUGGUUCCAGCAGCAUCCAGCUGGAGCUUCAGACCCCCACAGGUUUGAUCUGUCAGCCCCCCACCCCGCUAAGCAGCGACCACUUCUUUGACGAGGACGCUGGCCUAGACUCCCCCUCUAGAACGCCCACUAGACCAUGUGACUUGUCACUCACCCAGACCACCAGCACCCCAGGCCCCGCCUCCCAUGCUCAAUCCCCCACAAUGGUGGUAGAGGAAGACACCUCUGGACCUCUAGACUCCCGGGGAGCCGGGAAGGGCGCCGGGGAGGGUGCCGGGGAAGGCGGGGGCCCUAAAGUGACCUCCACUGAAGAUGACACAGGGGUUAGCAGAGAGUCAGUGGCCUCAUACAAGCCCCAUAACAGGGAGGCAGGGCUGAGAGAGGAGGCUGAGCAGGAUGUUGACAUGGGGAUGCUGAUACAUCAGAUUGAUCUUCCUCAGGGGGUGGUCAGGGAGGAUGAGUGGCUGGCAGGAGCCAGAGGAGACCCAUCAGAGACCCUAGGCUUUAGGCCUGCCCUGGGGGGAGAGGGGGUAGAGGGUGGUGUGUCUGGUCCUCCCGGGGAAGAGAAGGAGGAGGGGGAGUUGAGUGAGGAGAAGUUAAAGUCUCUGUUGGAGGAGAUGGGGCUGGAGGAAGGCUCGGAGGACGAGGAGAUGACGGAGGAAAGGAUAAACGCCAUCUUGUCUCAGGUUCAGCAGGCAGACAAAGAUGUGAUGUCAUCACCUGCAGGUUGGCAUAGUGAGACGUCCAGUGUGAACGUGGAGCCCCCGACACCUGGCCGCAGUCUGAGUGCUGAGGGCAACGACCUCCAGGACACCAGCCCUGUGAAUUCCCUGGACUCCCUGACGACAUCACCUGUCCGACCAGCAGAGAAAUCCAAUGGAGACCACGCUGACUUCCUGUCCCAGCCCGGGUCACAUCCUGAGGCCCAGGGUACAUCCAACGGGGUGAAGGGUCAUGGCCAGGUCGAGGACGAGGGAAGGGCGUCAGCGUCACAAGGAGGGCAGGAAGAGGGAAGCAGAAGGACUCUGGAAGAGGACAGCACAGCAGGACCAAGCAGCAAGGAGCAGCAACAGGAGAAGGGAGGAGUGCAGGGGUCACAGCACAAAGUCCAGGAGGGUGGUAGAGAUAAGGAGACCAGCUCUGAUGAGGAACGGACUGUCACCACCAAGGUGUACCGACGGAGGGUCAUUCUGAAGGGAGAACAGGCCAGAAACAUCCCUGUGGAGUCAGUGACAGAAGAGCAGUUCACAGACGAGGAUGGAAACAUAGUCACCCGAAAAGUCAUCAGGAAAGUAGUACGUCGUAUUGCUGCUACGGCAACUACUUUUACUGCUGCUACUACUGCUACUACAGAGGAGGUGAAAGCAGCAGGAGCAGUAGGAGAAGGAGGAGCAGGAGGAAGAGGAGAAGCAGCAGGAGGAGGAGGAGGCAGGAAGGAAAAUAAGGGCAGGAAGAGAAACAAGCGCUCCCGAGGAAGCCCUAAGGCAGAGCAGGAGAGCUCUAAGGGUCAGAGGGGAAAGACUGAGUCUGGAGAAGGGUCAGGGUCGAAGGUGAAAAAGAAGCAAGUGGAAAAGGAUCAAUGAUAACAGUCGUGUGCUCAACCUGGUUUGUUGAUGUUUCAUGACUUCCUGGAAGGGAGAUGACUGGAACUUGAAGCAGGAGAACAGCCAAUCAGAACGUGUGUCUGCAGCUUUCACGUUAACGCAUGGUUUUACAGCAAGACCACUUUAUUUGAUUUCGCAUGAGCAUGAAAAAAUUACUUUUCUGUCCACAACCUGGGCUCCAGUCAUGACCUGUUGUUACCACGGUGACAGGAGAACAGGGGUGUGGUCUGCUCCAUCAUGGCGUCAGGACAACAGUAGCCACGCCUCCAAGCAUCUCUCGGACCAAUGAGGUACAACAGGACGUUUGAUUGACAGAUUAGAGGAACACUUGGAGUCACCUUCUACAAGCCUUAUAUAUUCUGUCCUGUAGCCACACCACUGGGGUGGGUGUAUAAUGUGGUUGUGUUUUUUAAUAACAACGGGUGGUUUGGUUGUAUAUAAAUGACACUGUAAAAACUUCUGAAGUUAGUCACUGAUAGUUUGUUUUCUGCACUGGUAGGACAGCUUCGCAAAGCAUUGGAAUGAAAUGCCUAUAUUGAUUCCACCUUUAUGAAAAUGCUUGGGUGUUACUGCACAUGUCUAAUUAUCAGCAGGAAAUAUUUGUCAAAUGGAAAUGGUAGCUUGAUUUGAACCCAACUCCACUGCAACUCUCAAACAUCACUUCUGUGAACAUAUUUCCUCAGAGUACUAAUAUUUUGAUGCAUGAGAUUCACCUGGUUUGACUUAGUUUUCCUCAUUUGCGAACAUUGUAUUAUGAAAUAAGGUGUUACUUCUAUCAGUGUCUGUCUACUCUGCUCUGGCACUGACUGUUUUAAAGAGACAUGAACACACAGCCACCUGGGGGACAGCAGGACAGAGAGGGAGACUUCAUUCUAAUGCUUUAUGAGGGCCCACAGUGUAACAUGGAAUAUGGCUCUACUAUUAAAGACGUGGAGAUAUGAGAGCCCCCAAUAUAUAAUGUAGACUGGCACAUUGGAAAGAGUUAGAGAGGUAUUACCCCAAUAUAUAAUGUAGACUGACACAUUGGAAAGGGUUAACAGUUCUCAUGCGUAUUUGCUCCAAACCAAUCAUUGGUCAUUGUUUUAGCAGUGUAAUGUUAUGUUCUAAGCCUGCUGUAGUUUAAAGGGGCAUUUUUUUCUUUGGGGUUUGGUGCCAUAUUUCCUUCCGUUGAUUCUCUUCAUAUGAGACCACCUAAAGCAUUGAUUGAUGAUCUGGUAACACAUGACAACCAACAUGGAUGAUCCCAUUCAUUAUUUAAGCAGAAAUAAAUUGUGUUUAAACUGAAA